AUGAGCAUUUCAGUCCCUCAUGUUGUUGUGCCUUUUGUGAUUUUGCUUUACUGCUUGAUUGUAAACACUGGAGUUGGAGAGCCAAAAAUCAGGUGCAAUGAAGCUGAGAGACAAGCAUUGAUAAAGAUUAAGGACCAUCUUUUUUUUAGUGAAGGUGAUGACUUUCUUUCCUCUUGGGGAGAAGAAGAAAAUAAAAGAGAGUGCUGUGAAUGGAUCGGAAUUCAGUGCAGCAACAACUCUGGCCAUGUCAUUAAACUUGAUCUUUCUCUUUCAACCAUUAAUCUAAGAGGUAAUAUUAGCUCUUCAUUGCUCGACUUAAAGUACUUGAAUCAUCUGGACUUGAGCCACAUCAACUUUGGUGAGAAUUUCAUCCCAACUUUCCUUGGCAGCCUCACCAAAUUAAGGUACCUCGAUCUCUCUUUCACUAAUCUAAUUGGAGGUAUUCCUCCUCAACUUGGAAACCUUUCCAGCUUGCAGUUUCUCGAUCUUAGCCACAAUCUUUUAAAACCAAAAAGCUUAAAUUGGGUUUCACAACUUUCAUCUUUACGAGUACUUAACCUGAGUGUCACAAACAUGAGCUUAGCUAAUGACUGGGUGCAUGUAGUAGUUAACCUUCCUCAUUUCAUGACAAAGUUGAUUCUACGUUAUUGUGAUCUUCCUGAUAUAGUUGUUUCUUCACCAUCUCGAUCCCUUGUUAACUCUUCAAAAUUUCUCAGUAUCCUUGAUGUUUCCGGAAACCAUCUGUCUCAGUCUAUAUUCCAAUGGUUGUUCAAGUAUAAUAGUAGCCUUGUUUCUCUUGACCUCUCUAGGUGCCAAUUAGGAGGUUCCAUUCCAAAUGGGUUUAAAAAUAUGGCUUCCCUUACCUAUCUUGAUCUCAGCUACAAUGCCUUUGAAGGAAUAAUUCCUGAAUCUUUUGGGAAUUUGAUUUCCCUCACAUAUCUUAAUCUCUAUUCUAAUCAACUAGAUGGUUUUCAUCCAAACUCUUUCAAUAAUAUGACUGCCAUUUCAUACCUUGAUCUUAGCCACAAUCAACUAAAUGGUUAUAUUCCAGAGUCCUUUGGGAAUAUGAUUGACCUUACAUAUCUUAAUAUCAGAACCAAUCACCUAAAGGGAUCCAUACCAGAUGGUUUCGGGAAUAUGGUUUCUCUUGGUCAGCUUGAUCUUAGCAAUAACGAGCUUGAAGGAGAAAUUCCAAAAUCCAUUUGGAAAUUAUGUGAACUGCAGAGGUUUGAAGCAUACAACAAUAGUCUUAGCGGGCAGUUACAUUUGGCUGAAUCACCCUCAAAGGAAUGUGCCAAUUUCUCUUUAGAGUAUUUGGAUUUGAAGCAAAAUCAAAUCAUGGGAUCAUUGCCUAAUUUCACCUUAUAUCCCUCUUUGACUGAGCUACAUCUUUCCUCGAAUCAUUUUAGUGGGCUAUCCACUAGUAUGAGUCAAUUAUCAAACUUGAAAAUUUUGGAUCUUUCUGAAAACUCUAUCAAUGAUGUUUUAUCAGAAGCUCAUUUUUCGAAACUCUUCAACUUAGGCUCCUUGGAUUUAUCAAUGAACUCAAAUCUAGUUUUUAGGGUUGCUACUGAUUGGAUUCCACCCUUUCACUUGUCUUAUAUACUUCUUGGUUCUUGCAUUCUGGGUCCUCAAUUUCCAAAAUGGCUCAGAACUCAAAAUUAUGAUGAACUUAAUAUCUCCAAUUCUGGAAUUUCAGAUUCUAUUCCAGAUUGGUUAUUUAAUUCUACCUCAAACUUACGUGUUCUCGAUUUGUCUAAUAAUAAAAUUAGAGGAAGACUUCAUGAUAUUAAGCAAAGUGUCCAUUUGCCCUAUGAUAUCAUGCCCUCUCUUGACAUAGAUUUGAGUUCAAAUGAGUUAGAAGGAUCAAUACCAAGUUUUUUACUCCAAAGGACAACUUCACUAAAUCUUUUCAACAAUAGCUUUUCACAGUUAAAUUCCCUAUGUAAGGCUUCCGGGGUCAUUCCUUUGAUCUUUCUUGAUGUCUCAUAUAACCAGUUAUCUGGUGAGCUUCCUGAUUGUUGGUCACAAGCAGAAAAUCUGCGAAUUCUUGUUUUGGCAAAUAACAAGUUAUCUGGAAAGAUUCCCGCCACCUUUGGCUUUUUAUUUUCCAUCAAUUUGUUGCAUUUGAGAUCCAACAAUUUGACUGGUGAAUUGCCUUCAUCACUAAAGAACUGUACAAAGUUGGCGGUAUUUGAUGUUGGAGAUAACAAAUUGUUUGGGUCAAUACCAGCGUGGAUAGGUACAAGCCUAACAAAUCUCCUCAUUCUUAGUACACGUUCUAAUAGCUUUAAUGGAAGGAUACCCUUACAACUAUGCCACUCAGUGGAUCUUCAGUUGUUAGAUUUGUCUUCAAAUGAUCUUUCUGGACAAAUUCCAAACUGUCUUGGAAACAUUACAGCUAUGAAAGAAUUAAAACGAAUCGAAGAUGUACCAUAUGUACUAGAUCCUUAUUCUGGCGGUACUUGGCGUCGAGGUGUUCCAGAUGAUUUCAACCGUCAAAAGUUAGUAUUGAUAUGGAAAGGAGCAAUCUCCGAAUUCAAAAAUGUUGGACUUUUGAGGACCGUUGAUUUGUCCAGUAAUAAACUUGUUGGGGGUAUUCCAAGAGACGUUACUAAACUCGUUGAGCUGAUUUCUUUAAACUUGUCAAGAAACAAUCUAAGUGGAAAUAUCCCUCAAGAGAUUGGUCACUUGAAGUCUUUAGACGUUCUUGAUUUAUCAAAGAACCAAUUUUUUGGUCAGAUUCCUUCGAGUCUCUCUCAAGUGGAUCGUCUCAACACAUUAGAUUUGUCGAGCAAUAAUUUGUCUGGUGAAAUUCCAAGAAGCACUCAACUCCAAUCUCGUGAUGCAGCUGCAUAUUUGGGAAAUCCUCUCCUUUGUGGAAUUCCACUUCCAAUAAAGUGUCCAAAUGAAAAAGUACCAACUACAUCUGAUGAAGCUUUGGAAAAUCACUAUGGUGAUGAGUUUAUUAGCAAAGGAUUUUACAUAAGCGUAGCACUGGGAAUCGUAGUUGGAUUUUGGGGAUUUUGUGGGACUUUAAUCUUCAACAAGUCAUGGAGAUAUUCAUAUUUCAAGCUGUUGAACAAUGCUGAGGACUGGGCUCAUGUAACAACAGCAGUUCAAAAGAAAAAGCUACUGCAUAUGUUCAGAAGCUAAAUUGGUAAGGGCAAGGGAAAGGCUGACCAAGCCUGAGUUGGAGGGCAUGGAGCGGUGCGUGCAUGUUUGGCCUACUUGGCCGCCACGAUUAGGGUAAUUUCGAGGAACAUAGUGUAAAUUUUCGGUUUUGUCACCUAGGUUGACUAUAUAGUAACUUUUCAAUUGUAAAUAUGUCUUAAAGAACAUUUUGGGAUCUGAUGGACCCAAAACGGGUGUGUUUUAAAUAUUUAUAAA